UGCUUGAACUGAAGGAGCCUUUGCGCCGCUCCAUGGAGGACAGCAGUACCAUUAAAUCGUCGAUUCCCCACCUCACAGACGUCGAUUGGGACAUGUUGGAGCAGCUUCGGGAAGUUCUGAAGCCCCUGCUCGACAUUACUGAGCUCCUUGGAGGGGACAAGUACGUUACUCGGUCUGUACUUAUUCCAGCCGUAAAACUGCUAAAGAAUAAAAUGAAGACAAAUGACUGUGACCCUGCCUUCAUCUGCCGCUUCAAGGCCAUGCUUGUGGACUCUAUCGAUGAGAGGCUUAGCGCGUGGCCGCGGUACAACGACUAUGAACUGGCAACGUGUCUCGAUCCUCGUUUCAAGAGCCUCGCAUGCAUCGAAAAAGAUCGCCGCGAACUUGUGUGGGAAAGGCUUUCCCAGCUAACACAUGCGUCUUCGGACGACGAUUCUACUGAUCUGACGCCCAAGAAAAAAAGAAAAUACGUUUUCUCGGAGGAAAACGAAGAGCCCACCAUCUCCUGCCAAGUGUCGCUUUAUCGAUCGAUGGCCGAGGUGACGGACGAUGAACUGGACCCCCUACAGUGGUGGCGAGCUCAGGGCUCCCUGUUUCCUCAAAUUGUGCCAAUUGUGAAGAGGGUGAUGUGUGUCCCAGUCACCUCAACGCCCUGCGAGCGUCUGUUCAGCGCAGCAGGGAUGAUCGUCAACAAACAAAGAAACUCGCUCCUGCCGGAAAAUGUCAACAAACUUCUUUGCCUCCGCAGCUGGGGUUGUGAUCUGUGAGUGCGUUACAUCAACGUUUAUUCUCAAUUAAGUUUGUAUAUAUGCGCCGUUUAUCAUACAAUAAAACAAAUUGUAAGGACAAAAU